AUGAAGGUUUCUGAAAUACUCGCCUGUGCCAUGGCCGUUUCAGUGCAGCUCAUAUCUGCAUUUCCAGGCAAUGAAUUGGAGGACCGGCAGGAAUAUGGCUCUGUGCCUGGCUUGUUAAAUACCGUCAAGGCCCUGGGAAUUCGUCGGCCCAAUGGAGUCAACAAUGGGAACAAAGAUGCUGCCUUCGGCAACGGAGCCAAUGUCGGCAGCGCUCUGGCAGCGCAUCGGGCUGACCCAGCUCUCGCCCCAGACAAGCGCGACAUCGCGGCUGGGGACUAUCCGAAUGCAGAUGGAUAUUCGCUCGCGGCUAGACUGGCCGACGAUGACGCUAGUAGUGAGAGUGCAGUGGAGGUAAGGAGUGUGUCGCAGAGGAAGGCGGCAGCGCAGAGGGCGAAUGGCGCUCUCAACUCCGCUUAG